AUGGUCGCCCUGAAGGAGGCUCAGGAAAAGACCACUACCUACAUCGUUGGCUUAGAAUCUCGACUCAAUAAUGCCAUCAUCAAUGCGCCCUCCACAGGUAUCCAACAACCGGCCGGCCAAUCUAGUCAAGCACCCCGUCGAAUAAAGCUCCCCGACCCUCCCAAGUACUCAGGGAGAAAGUCGUCAGAAAAUUUCGAAACGUGGUUCACGAAUCUGCUCAUCUGGCUCGACUAUAACCACUUUACGGACGACAAGGACAAAAUUCGGCAAGCCAACGCGCACUUGGAAGGCGGAGCUGCUCUAUACAUGAAAGAGUACGCAAUCAAGCUCGCCUCCGGACAAGACGUUGGUACAUGGGCAGAAUACACUAGGAAACUAGAAAUGGCAUACAAGACGCUUGACCCCAAGCGCACGGCACAAUCUCUGCUAGACGCACACUGCGCAAUCCGCCACAAGACAAUGAUUGCCUUCGCGGAGAAUUUCAGGGCAUACGCCCCCGAAUCAGGAUACUCCGACGAAGACUUAAUCGUCAAAAUCAGGGAACAACGGUCGACCCAUAUUCAGACGGUCAUGUCGGUAAUGGAGACUUUAGAUCCCUCCAAGAUCCCAACCACUUGGAUGGACUACCUGGAAUUCUGCCUAGAGAUUGAAAUCAAGCAUCUCCAGCAGAUGACGGGCAACAAGUCUACCGGACAAACCACUGGAACCAGGACGACCGCUCCUAAGGACCCUAACGCAAUGGACACCAGCGCACGAAUCACACACGAACUUUCCCCGGAACAAGACAGGUGGCUGGCAAACAAGCUAUGCUUGUUUUGCAGAAAGCACGCCUAUGAACGAGGAAAGCGGUGUCCCUCCCCCAGGCCUGAAUACAAGGGCAAGCGGUUUCAGACAUGAGCCGCCCCAAAGCAAGGGCAAGGAAAAGGGAAGGGCAAGGCGACAAAUGUGCGACAGGUGGAAGAAGAAAGUAGCGCGGG